AAUAUUCCGGAAAAUGGUUGGUCCGAGAGCGAGUGGAUACCCGUCCACCCGACUGGCGGGGACGUCGGUUUGUUUGUAUAAACUCGUGAGAAAGGAGAGACGAAGAUGGCAGCCCUGUCAUUGCUGCUGAGAGUGAGAACCCUCCCCCACCUCGCCCGCCGCCGCGUCUCCACCCUCCGGCCGACCGUCCGCUCGAUGGCCGCCGCCGCCACCGCCCCUUCCGACGCCUUUCGGAAGAUCCAGAUCCAACGGGAUGGCACUACAUUUGAUGCGUAUGUAGUUGGCAAAGAAAAUGCGCCGGGAAUAGUGGUGUUGCAGGAGUGGUGGGGAGUUGAUUUUGAGGUCAAGAACCAUGCUUUACACAUCGCUCGAAUGGAUUCAGGUUUUAGAGCUUUAAUUCCAGAUCUGUAUCGUGGAAAGGUUGGUUUGGAUGUUGCCGAGGCGCAACAUUUGAUGAAUGAUCUGGACUGGCAGGGUGCUGUCAAGGACAUACGUGCUUCAGUUAAUUGGCUUAAGGCAAAUGGUUCAUCGAAGGUUGGUGUUACUGGAUUUUGUAUGGGGGGUGCUUUAUCCAUUGCAAGUGCAGUUCUGGUCCCUGAAGUCGAAGCUGUUGUUGCCUUCUAUGGAGUUCCGUCAUCAGAACUCGCUGACCCAUCUCAAGCAAAGGCUCCUGUGCAGGCUCACUUUGGGGAGCUCGAUGACUAUGUUGGAUUUUCUGACAUCAGUGCAGCAAAAUCCUUAGAGAAAAAGCUGAAGUCCCCUGGAGUUCCAUAUGAGGUUCAUGUCUAUCCUGGCUGUGCUCAUGCCUUUAUGAACACAUCACCUGAUGGCAUCAAGAGGAGGAAGGCAAUGGGAAUGCAUGAUGAGAACCCUGCAGCUGUAGAUUUGGCUUGGUCUCGCUUCCGCUCUUGGAUGGGUGCUUACUUGCUGUCUCCUUGAGUCUUUCUUCUGGGACUUUUUCACCCAGUUAAGCCUGCUUAAUGAUGUCAACAUUGUGACUUGGUGGUGUUUGGGGUAUCCUUGUGGGUGCUCUGUGAAUUCCGUGUCAUGUGAACUUGGUCAUGCAUCAGGUAUCUGUGUGAAGUAUGAGAGUUGUAAUUAUGUGUGCGCCCCUAUGAUGAAGUACCACAAAUAAAUACUUCAUAAUAUGCAACUUUUGGAGUGUGAUGUUGCAAUGAAAAUGAUCCAGGUGUUUGUAAUA